AUGAAAACAUCAGCUGUCGACGCGAAUAUUAGAUCCCUCAAUCGGACAUGGCUCUGUAAGGUUACGCAGGUCCUGAUCGACCAUUACCAAACCACACUUCAAGAGAAGCUGGCCACCAUUCGUACCAAGUCUUUAUCAUCACCUGCCGUCGACCGCAUCGUUUCUCAUGCCCUGUCCUGGGCCCGUCGCUCCUAUGGGAAACGUCUCACUCAAGCUGUAAUUUCCAAAUUCUACCAAACAAUCAACGAAACAAAAACCAGAGUAACCACAUCUCUACCAACUGAAAUGGACACUACACCUGCACCAUCUAGAGCUACCACGCUGCCGAACCAAACCCCUAAACGAGCCCGAAGUUCACCUACCCCUAGUCCAGCAGACAUAGGUAAACGCUCUCGUAGAGAGGGCACACCCCUUCUCUUUUCACUUUCAGACUCGUCUUCCCCUUCCACACCAUCUGAAUCUUCACCACGUGAUCCAGGAUCCGCCAACCUUUCUUCCUUCUGUGCGUUUUUGGACCAACAAACCACCCCUCAGUCUCCAUCCAAGUCGAGACAUGUAUCCAGACCUUCCCCUCCUCGAACCAGAUCCCAGUCCGUUCCCAAUGCUACAAUUCUAACAACUACCAAACCAGUACCAAUCACACCGUACUAUCACCAAACCAAGGACAAAUCAUUAUGGAAACUACCUGCUCUAAAGAAAUCAACCUUAAUAAUUGGAUCAUCUAACCUGAAUCGAAUUACCAAAACCAGUUCAGACACCGAAAUACAUUCUUACCCCGGUGCCCAAAUCCAUCACAUACAGUCAAUCCUGGAAUCAUACGACCAUGAUCCCAAACCUACUACCAUUAUUCUUCAUACAUACCAAGAAUAUAGUUGGAGGCUGUCGGAGGAUGAAAGAAUGUCAUUCGUCCAACUAAGUUCUAUUGCAAAUCCUAUUUAUUUCAAGCUAACACAUGAUUAUAAGAAGAAAGCAGCAAUUACAGAUUUUGUUUGUCAAUCACUUGAUCCGAAAACAAGCUUACAAUUAUCUUGA